AUGUGCCUCCGUGGCACGGUCUCCCACUUCAACCGGGCCAUCCUCGCCCUCUUCGCCCUCUUCUUCGUCAUCAACGCCGCGCAGGCCACCCUCUUCUUCUGCGAGGACAGCCAGUAUGACCCGUCGCAGCCCGCCUUCUCCAACGUCCUCGCCUUCUACUCGGAGCGCUCGACCUACAAGGAGUUCAGGGACUACUUCGUGCAGAUCACCCAGAACGUCGAUCUGGGCAACACCACCGUCGAGGCCGGCGUCAUCGAGCAGCUCAAGACCAAGCUCACCCAGAAGGGCUUCGACAACACCAAGCUGAGCUUCACCAUCACCCGCUCGAACGGCGACAUCACCAUGGACACCAUCCUGGGCGUCAACCCCGUCAUCGACAACCACGGCGGCCGCUACUCGCUCGGCAAGCCCAUGCUCUGCCGCGACUUCGAGACCCUCGUGUUCGACUACACCUACGUCACCCGCACCGGCCUCCAGUACCGCUUCUGGGCCCAGGCCGUCCAGACCUCCGUGCAGAAGCAGUUCUUCUCCUUCAGGUGGAACAUCCCCGUCGCCUAA